AUGGCGUCUACGCAGCUUCCCCUGGAGACCCUCUCCACCUGGGCCAUGUUCAAUGACGUAGACCUCGUCGACGUCGAGGCCCGCGAAAUCCCCGGCUGCGGGUUGGGUCUACUUUCAAACAAGGAGCUCAGUCGAGAGGAAGAGACCUUUGACAUCCCAACCUUACUCAGGAUCCCAGGCGAGCUGGUGUUAUCCGCCGAAGCUGUUGAGAACUAUGCAAAGGUCGAUAAGAACUUUCGGCAGCUGCUCGAGGCUGCCGGUCACAAGUCGGCCACGGCCGCCAAGAUUGUUGCGUUGACAGACGAGUUUGACGAGCUCCGAGAGAUUUCUGCGACUCUACCGUUUUGGAACGAGCUGUUUUGGGAAAGCGACAAGGUGUCGCUCAUUGACUGGGUUCGGGUCGAUGCGUGGUUUCGGUCCCGAUGUCUGGAGCUCCCCAAAUCAGGGGAGGCCAUGGUCCCGGUGCUAGACUUGGCAAAUCACUCAUCCAAGGCCAAUGCCUACUACGAGGAGAAUGGCAAGGACGAGGUAGUACUCCUUCUGCGACCCGGCUGCAGGGUCUCGUCUGGGGACGAGAUGACGAUAUCCUACGGAGACGCGAAAUCCGGGGCAGAGAUGCUCUUCAGCUAUGGGUUCAUUGACCCCGCGUCAGCCGCCGACCGGAUCACGCUGCCCUUGAUACCCAUGGAAGACGACCCGCUGGGCAAGGCGAAGCUGCACGUCUUUGAUGGAGCACCGACUGUGGAGUUUGUCCGGACGAAUGGCUCACUCAGCUGGAAGAGCCCCUUUGCCUACUUCAUGUGCCUCAACGAGGAGGACGGCCUGUCAUUUCGCGUCUUGCAGGACACCGGAGGUUCACGGGAGCUAAAACUAUUCUGGCAAGAAGAGGAUGUGACCUUGACGACAACGGCUUUCGAGCAACACAUCGAUCAACACCCCCUAGCUCAAAUCUUUCGUCUUCGGGUUGUUUCCGUUUUGGAGGAUCUGGUGGCCAGCCAGCUUGAGCGACUGGCCACCGGUGUAUCUCUGGAGGACCUGGACGAGUCCCUGAAUGAAGGUGGUCUCGUCUGCGGGACAUGCAUCAGUGCAGCUGCAACGCUGAGGGAGCAAGAGACGAGCUUGCUAGAAGCUGCCGCGAAGGCUCUAGAAGACCAGAAAACACAACUCCUCGCAGACGAGAACGUGGUGGCUUAUCUCGGGUUGAUGGAAGAUGCCCAAAAUGACCUAGUUCAAGACGAGUUAUCCAAUGAAGAUGAAGACUCCAGUUAG